AUGGAUAUAAGCGAUGAUGGGGAGGAAGAGCCGCAAAACCACUCUUACAUUCAUCAUUUUGAUCAACUCCAACGGAUAGGUAGGGGUGGGUUCGGCACUGUGUAUAAAGUGAAGCAUAAAUUAGACGCAGAGAUUUACGCUAUUAAAAAGGUCACUUAUACCGAAAUAAGUGAUGACCACAAACACCGAGUGGUCGAUGAGGUAAAAUGUUUGGCAAAGUUGAGCUCACAAUAUGUGGUACAGUAUCACAACUCAUGGCUCGACAAAAAUAACAAUCGACUGUACAUUCAGAUGGAGUAUUGCCCGCAAAGUCUGCGCACAGUAUUGGAGACUAAAGGGCCGGCAUUUGGCAGACAAUGGGCGGCCGAAGCGAUGAAUCCGUUUGAGUAUUUCAUAUCGUGUGAAAUAUUCAAAGAGCUCUUAGAGUGCGUCCAGUAUUUACAUGAAUUAAAACCUCAGAUAAUACAUCGCGAUCUUAAACCCGAAAAUGUGUUGAUUGCCAACACAUUAAGCGGUAAUAACAACAAUAGCCGGCGAUUCAUAAAAUUGUGUGACUUUGGUUUGGCCACUGUUCACGACCCGAGCCGACACACUGCCAGUCGAUACCAGCACUCGGCUGUCGGCACACGUGUAUACGUAGCGCCCGAAGUAUAUAAUGGCAGAUAUAACCACAAGUCAGACAUAUAUAGUCUUGGAAUAAUUGGACAAAGUUUGCUUGACAUCAAUAUAUACGACACCCAAUCGUUUGCUGCAAAUGAUUUGCUUUUCAAGACAUCCAUAAUAUGUAUGAAUGAGUUAUUGGAGAAAAUGGCGGCGAAUUGGAAACAAAGACCUGAGUGUCGGGAAGUGUUGGCCAAACAUAACGAGUGGUCUAUCGAUAAGACUGUUGUCGCGAAUCACAAGGAAUUCAAUUCAGUGUUAAAUACACUGAAAUCUAAC